CGUCCCUGCGUCUCCUCCAGUCCGGAACAGAAACAAGAUGGCGGCGGCUCCGCGUCCCGCGGCGCUGUGAGACCCGCAGGAUGGACGGCUGCUCGAGCAACCUGAGGCAGGCGGAGGCCCUGAAGGCGGACAUGACAGAUUCAGCGCUAGAGGCAGCAGAGGUGUGGACGUCCCGCCAGGCCCUGCAGGAUCUCUACCAGAAGAUGCUGGUGACGGAUCUGGAAUACGCUCUGGACAAGAAGGUGGAGCAGGACCUGUGGAACCACGCCUUCAAGAACCAGAUCACCACGCUGCAGAGCCAGGCCAAGAACCGGGCCAACCCCAACCGCAGCGAGGUCCAGGCCAACCUGUCUCUGUUCCUGGAGGCGGCCAGCGGCUUCUACACCCAGCUGCUGCAGGAACUCUGCACCGUGUUCAACGUGGACCUGCCCUGCCGGGUCAAGUCCUCCCAGCUGGGCAUCCUGACCCACAAGCAAGGCAGCGGUACCGGUACCGGGAUAGUCAAACCCCAACCCAGUUCCUGCUCCUACAUCUGCCAGCACUGCCUGGUGCACCUGGGGGACAUCGCUCGGUACCGUAACCAGACCAGCCAGGCGGAGUCGUACUACCGACACGCAGCUCAGCUGGUUCCCUCCAACGGUCAGCCCUACAACCAGCUGGCCAUCCUGGCCUCCUCCAAGGGCGACCACCUCACCACCAUCUUCUACUACUGCCGGAGCAUCGCCGUCAAGUUCCCCUUCCCUGCAGCUUCCACCAACCUGCAGAAGGCCCUGACCAAGGCCCUGGAGAGCCGCGACGAGGUGAAGACCAAGUGGAGCGUCUCCGACUUCAUCAAGGCCUUCAUCAAGUUCCACGGCCACGUCUACCUGAGCAAGAGCCUGGACAAGCUGGACGGGCUGAGGGAGCGACUGGAGGAGCAUUUCCAGAGGCUGGUGCUGCAGAAAGCCUUCAGCUCCCAACAACUCGUCCACAUCACCGUCAUCAACCUGUUUGAGCUGCACCACCUCCGGGAGCUGGCAGGGGGCGACGGAGAGCAGAGCUGCAGUGGAGAGACCAGAGUCAGCUGGUUCCAGCUGCUGGGGCUUCUGGUGUCGUUCCUGGGCGUGAUGUUCUCGCGGGUCCUGCUGAACCAGAGUCGGGGGGAGGAGGUGAUGGGGGAGUGUCCUCUCCCGGCCAUCAAGGUUUCUCUGGACUGGCUCCGGCUGAAACCCGACGUCUUCUACGAGACGGCGCUGGAGACCCGGAAGUACGUGUGGCCCUGGCUGGUUUCCAUCCUCAACAGCUUCCAGCCCCGAGAGGACGACGUGUCCGGGCCCUCAGCGCUGCCUCUGCCGGAGGAGUUUGAGCUGCAGGGAUUCCUGGCUCUCCGACCCGCCCUCAGGUGUCUGGACUUCACCAAGGGCCACCAGGGAAUCCUGGUGUCCCGGGACGGGCUCCCCCUGCAGGCCCGACACCACAGACUGGUCAGCCUGGGGAAGAUGGUGGCCGACAGCCAGCCGGGGCUGAUGCAGUGGCGGGUGAACGGGGACGGCCUCCUGGUCUUCACCUCCGACAUCCCGGAGCGAGCCGUGGAGCAGCCGCAGGAGAAGGAGGUGCCGGUGCUGACGGACUCGUCCAACGGGGAGCAGACGCUGCAGGGCGACCCCGGGGGGAACCUGGGGAACCUGGGGAACCUGGGGAACCUGGGCCUGAAGUCGGUGCUGUCGGCCGGGAAGACGCAGAGCUCGUGGGGCGAGGGCGGCGGCGGAGAGCGGCCCGUCGUCACCUUCAAGGAGAACAUCAAGCCCCGGGAGACGAGCCGGGAGACGAGCCGGGAGACGCCCCGGAACCCGCCGGGGAAGGACGUCGGGAAGGAGCGACGCGACUUCAGCAAGGGCAACGGGAACGCCGGCAACGCCGGCAACGCCGGCAACGCCGGCAACGCCGCCAAGCUGGAGCCCAAGAGGGACGGCAAGAGGAAGAGCGACAUGAAGAAGAGCCACGACAAGACCACGGACGCCAUCAAGCAGGUGAAGGCCCAGCCCGAGCUGAGGAAGACUCCGGUGUCCGAGGCGAAGAAGACGCCGGUGACCCAGACCCAGACCAGCUGCUCCUCCCAGUUCAUCCCCAUCCACCACCCGGGGGCGUUCCCGCCGCUGCCCAGCCGACCCGGUUUCCCUCCUCACUCGGCCUACGUCCUCCCCCCCCCGGUGGCCUUCCCGGGCCUGCAGGUGACCCCGGGGCUCCAGGUGACCCCCGGGUUCUCCUUCCCCCCCGGGGGGGUGUCGGUGCCGGGGCCGUUCCUGCAGACGGGGGUCCACGCCCCGGCGGGGGCUCCAGGGGUCCAGGGGGGGAAACAGCCGUCCCACAUCCCCUACAGCCAGCAGAGGCCGUCGGGGCCCCCGGGGGGGCCGGGGACCCCGGGCCAGGGGCCCCCCAUGGGCCAGCAGAACUCCCAGCAGGCCUUGCAGCUGCAGGUCCAGGCCAUGACGCAGCAGCAGUCGCCCACCAAGCCCGGCCAGCAGGGGGCGAUGAUGGGGAAGAGCCCGCCGCACCACCCGGGACUCACGCAGUACAUGCAGGUGCCGGAGCAGCCAGGCCAGAUGUGGAGCCAGCAGAACCAGCCGGGCCUGCAGAGCCUCCUGAAGCAGCAGCAGAACUUCUUCCUGGACCCGCUGAAGAUGAAGUUCCCCCCCGAGCCGGUGCCCAUGCAGGACUUCCCCUGGGACUCGUCCUACCGCAUGGGGGACGGCCUGGCCCUGAUGGCCGAGAGGAUGAAGAGACCUGCAGGAUCUGGUCUGUGUGGAGACCCGGAGGGCCCGGCCGGGCCCCGCGGACCCCCCUUUGAGCAGGACACCAAGAGCUUGCCUCUGCUGCCCCCCGACCUGCUCAAAACUCUCGCAGACUUUGAGGAGGAGGAGGAGCUGGUGUUUGCUAAACCUCCUGAUUUCUUCCAGGCCUUGGCCGGCCCCCUUAGCUCCGCCCCGGGACCAAAUAUGUUUCUGCCCAACCAGAGCAGGAUGGAGCCCAGGAUGGAGCCCAGGAUGGAGCCCAGGAUGGACACCAGGAUGGACACCAGGAUGGACAGCUGCCCCGACGUGGGCCAGUCCUCGAACCUGCUGCCCAUCCCGGGCUUCCCCAUGCAGGAGUACAACCAGAACAGCAUCUUCAGCCAGGCCUACGGGAAAAACCUGCCGGGCUCCAAGGCCGACGCUCCCAUGAUGCAACAGGAGCCAUCGCUCUACUCGCUGUUCGAGGGAACGCCCUGGUCGCCCUCGCUGCCCGCCAGCUCAGACCACUCCACCCCGGCCAGCCAGUCCCCCCACUCGUCCAACCCCAGCAGCCUGCCGUCCUCCCCGCCCACCCACAACCACGGAGCCGUCCCCUUCUCCAACUUCGGGCCCAUCGGCACCCCGGACAGCCGGGACCGCCGGGUGGUGGACCGCUGGAAGACCGACAAGACCGGUUCCAUCAGCGGGUUUGGGCUGGACUUCCUUCCGGCUUCGUCCUCGUCGACGCCGUCGGACUCCAGCUGGCACCAGGCCCCGCCCCCCGGCAGCUCCUGGACCAAUCAGGAGUCUCCCAUGGAGGAGUCGUCCUCCACCGUGCUGCUGGACAGCCUGAAGUCCAUCUGGUCCAGCUCCAUGAUGCCGCCGGGCCCGUCGGCGCUGGAGCAGCUGCUGCUGCAGCAGAAGCAGAAGCAGCAGCGCGGCCACGGCGCCACCAACCCGCCGCACUGAAGGGGGCGCCGCCGCGGCGCCGCGACACCGGACCGACCGGAGGAACCGGAGGGUUUUAACCACCGAUACGGAGGAAGUUUAACCGAGACCAGCCCCAAGCCAAACGGUGGAGGCUGGGGAGGCUCCGCCCCCCCGGCGAGGCUAACCCCCCCCGGCUAGGCUAACCCCCCCCAGGGGUGGCGCCCCCUCCUGGAUGGGAGGGGCGGGAACCCCAACGGGAACCUCAACCUCAACAACCCCCCCGACCGCUAACGGACCCCGACACCCAACCUCCCUCGGCCCUGACGGAGCGCCGGUUUUUAGCGUCUCCCCGACCGCAGACGGAGCCGCCGGAGUGCGAGGACAGCGCGGUGGUUCGGGUUCAAGGGGGAGGUCAUGUGACUCACGGGGGGGUCAAAAAAAUAAGACUUUCUCACUUCUUUCUCCAUUUGCUUCAUCCGAGGAUGAACGAAGAAGAAACGUUUUCAGCGAUUUAAAAACAUUGUUGCUGUAGUUGGACUCUAGUCGUUAGCUCAGACGUUAGCCGCCGCUAGCUGCCUCCGCGGCGUUUCUGCGGCGGCGGGACGGUUCACGGGACAGGAAGUGAGCGCCGAGGGCCCCGAGGACGUUUAGUGUUACUGUUAGCUUCACUCGUCCUCCGCGGCGUGUAAAGUCGCAGCGGUUUAGCUCCGCUAGCAUCACCGUUAGCGUCCUGUUUGAAUACUUUUGGGGGUUUUUUCUUCUUCUCCACCUCCUUAGCUAGCGGAGGAACCAGCUCCCCGUGACCUUUGCUUGCUACUUAACCUGCAUUUACUCCUUUUUCUUGGUUCACGUUUGCCUUUUUUUACUCCGAGCAGCUCCGCGCGCCGCGGCCCGGUGUGUACCGGUACAGGUGUGUACCGGUACAGGUGUGUACAGGUGUGUACCGGUACAGGUGUGUACAGGUGUGUACCGGUACAGGUGUGUACAGGUGUGUACCGGUACAGGUGUGUACCGGUGUGUACCGGUGUGUGUACAGGUACGUCUCCGGUGGGUUUUAGCGACUGCAUUAGCUCCAGGUUUCCGUGGCAACGGUUGUCGAGGCGUUUCCCCGGUAACUCCUGGAAACUAAAAAUAAAACUGUGUUUUUGAGGAAGUCGCUCCGAAAGCAGCUGAGAAUUGUGGGUAAUCCUCUCUCACUCCCACGUCCUGAAACCUGACGGAACCAGAACCAGAACCCGGAGGUCGUUAGGACCCAGAUCCCCACGUUAACACGGGUUAGCCGCCGCCGCCGUCGUCAUGGAGACGGAACGCUAACGCGGCGCAUUAACCGAUUAACCGUACUAGCUAGUACUAGCUAGUACUAGCUGGUAGCGGCUAGUACUAGCUGGUACUAGCUGGCAGCGGCUAGUACUAGCUGGUACUAGCUAGCACCAGCUAGUACUAGCUGGUGCUAGCUGGUACUAGCUGGUACUAGCUAGCACUAGCCGGUACCGGUCCAUAAACUUGUAGAACUUCUGAGCCGCUCCGUCUUUACUAGUUUGUAAAUCUGGAAAUUCUGGCGUUUAUAAAGUCGUAAUUUCUCAGAUUUUUUUUAUUUCAACUUUUCCUGCAGGUUUUUAUUGAUCUGCGUUUGUUUGGGUUAUUAUUAUUAUUAUUAUUAUUAUUAUUAUUAUUAUUAUUAGGACGGAUUGGUUUUUGUUUUUCCUAAAAACGUAAGUUAAUACAUUCAUUUUUUCCACUUUAUGAAAUUUGAACUUUUUUUUUCAAAUUAGUGAAUUAAAAAGAAUUUCUUUGUUUUUUUUCCUUUUCUUUUUUUAAAGAAAUAUUCUAACGUUGGAAAAGUUUUGAUUUGUGAUGUUUUUCCGAAACUUCAGAUUUACAAACUGUUAAGGUCAGAAACGCCUUUACGAACAUUUCUGUUUAGUUUCCUGAACGUCCGAACUUUAGUCUCAAACUUUACGAACUUCAGACUUCGUAUUUAACUUUAACUUAACCCGAGUUUAACUUUACAAAAUCCUUUUUUUCUCUUCUUGGACUCGAGCGCCGACUCGCUGCGUCGCCAAGCUAGCUCGCCCCGCUAGCUCGCCCCGCUAGCUCGCCCCGCUAGCUCGCCCCGCUAGCUCGCCCCGCUAGCUCGCCCCGCUAGCUCGCCCCGCUAGCUCGCCCCGCUAGCUCGCCCCGCUAGCUCGCCCCGCUAGCUCAUACCCGCUAUCUCGCCCCGCUAGCUCGCCCCGCUAGCUCGCCCCGCUAGCUCAUACCCGCUAGCUCGCCCCGCUAACUCGCCCUGCUAGCUCGCCCGCUAACUCGCCCCGCUAGCUCGCCCCGCUAGCUCGCCCCGCUAGCUCAUACCCGCUAGCUCGCCCCGCUAACUCGCCCUGCUAGCUCGCCCGCUAACUCGCCCCGCUAGCUCGCCCCGCUAGCUCGCCCCGCUAGCUCGCCCCGCUAACUCGCCCUGCUAGCUCGCCCCGCUAACUCGCCCUGCUAGCUCAUACCCGCUAGCUCGCCCCGCUAGCCCGCCCCGCUAGCUCGCCCCGCUAGCUCGCCCCGCUAGCUCAUACCCGCUAGCUCUCCUCGGCGGCCCGUUAGCUUGAGGCUCCAGGUGAAACCUGGUUCUGGUUCUGGACGUCCCCGACCCUCAAAUCCAGUUUGUUUUAGAGCCAAUCAGGAGCCGCCGGGCCGGGCCGGGCCGCCGCCACUUCCUGUUGAACCAGCAGAGCUGCUUCCUGUCGGAACCAGAACCAGGACCAGAACCAGAACUGGACCGGUUCUGGUUCUGGUUCUGGGUGUUUUUUUCCGUGUGAUCGUGUUUAUGUUACAUUUACCCAACGGUGGACAUGGGUCGGGACGGGUCUGGACCUGGACCGGGUCCAGGAGGUUCUGGUCCUCGUGGGUCGGAUGGUUCUGGUCUUUGAUUCUUUAGAACUUUGGACUUUGAAUAAACGUGAACCUGUUGAACAAGUGUCUGUCCGUCUUUACUGCAGAACUGGACCUGGUUCUGGACCUGGACCUGGUUCUGGUCCUGGACCUGGACCUGGACCUGGUUCUGGUUCUGGUUCUGGUCCUGGACCUGGACCUGGACCUGGUCUUGGUCUUGGACCUGGACUAGACCUGGUUCUGGACCUGGACCUGGACCUGGACCUGGUCUUGGUCUUGGUCUUGGACCAAAUAAAGUUUACUGAGU